AUGACCAAAUUAUCGCCAUGGAAACUUUUCAAAGAAAUCUUCAACUGGUAUCCCUCCGAAUAUUCAACAGCCGAAAAAAAGUUACUGUUGAAACUGGAUGUGUCGAUUCUUGUCUUCGCAUGUCUUUGUUUCUUCGUCAAAUAUCUUGAUCAGACAAACAUCAGCAACGCCUACACUUCCGGAUUGAAGGAAGACUUCAGUCUCUAUGGCAAUCAGCUCAAUUACUUCAAUGUCUGCUACUACACAGCUUAUGUGGUCUUUCAAGUCCCGGGGUUGCUGUUGCUCUCGCGCCCAAAACUCGCUCGUUACCUGUUGCCAAUCCUGGAAGUCCUCUGGGGGGUGACGACAUUUGCACAGAGUCGAGUGACCAAUGUCCAACAAUUAUACGCACUACGCUUCUUGGUCGGAAUGUUCGAAGCACCCGUCUUCGCCGGGACACACUUCAUCCUCGGUUCUUGGUAUUCGGGUCCUGAGCUCUUCAAGCGUGCAGGGACCUGGUUCAUCUGCAAUCCGCUCGGCUCGAUGGUCAGCGGCUACCUGCAGGCCGCGGCGUACACGAACCUCUCGGGCGUCGGUGGCAUGGCCGGCUGGAGGUGGCUGUUCAUCAUCGACGGCAUCUUCACGAUUCCCGUGGCGCUGAUUGGCUUCUUCAUCUUCCCCGGCAUCCCCGACUCGCCGAGGCCUUUUUAUCUCACCGAGGAAGACACAACGCUGGCCAAGGCUCGGUUGGAGAGGGCCCGUGUUCGCCGGCCGGGCAAGUUGAACCUCGAUGUCUUCAAGAGAACGUUCAAGAGGUGGCACAUCUGGGUGUUUGUGUUCUGCUACAUAUGCAUGAUCAUCUCCUCGUACCCAAUGUCAUAUAUGAAUCUCUGGCUGAAGGCCGAGGGCUUCUCGGUCGUCCAGAUCAACGAGCUGCCGACGGCGUACUUUGCCAUCUACGCCGUUGCAUCCUGGCUGGGCACCACCCUGGCGGCCAUCUACCCAGCCUGGACGAUUUAUUCCGUUCAGACAUUCUUCACCUUGUUCUCGAUCCUAAUCAUGAUCAUCUGGAAUGUGCCACAGACUCUGAAAUUUGUCUGCUGGUACCUCCUCGGAUUUGCAGGUUGUGCAAGUCCUAUUUUAUAUUCGACAGUCAAUAGCAUUGUCAAAGAUGAUUCAGAGGAGAGAGCUCUCAUCCUGGUACGUUAUCGAAGCAUCCGACUGACAGCGGCGCCAUCUCUCGACCUUGAAGCUGAUAAAAAUACCUUUGCCAGGGCUCCAUGA